AUGACGCUCUUCGCGCAAACCAAUCCUUCCUGGCUGGACAGCGGCCCGCUACUGACGCUGCGCAACCUGCUCGAAUCGGUCUUCUUCCGCUCACCCGAACCGCAGCCGGUCUCGACCUGGCGACUCAUCCUCGAUCCGCCGAUGCCCUACUGGGUCACCGCCUUCUCUCAAACCUGUCGCCUCAUCUCUCUCCUCAUCCUGCUUCCCGUCCUCAUCAUUGGCAUGUUGGACUUUGCGGGGUAUGCCGUCUUCCGAACGCUCGGUCUGCACCGCCGGCGGGUUCGCAUUCAACGUCAAACGGCAGCGGGAGCCGUUGUGCCGCUGGGUCGCACUGGCUCGCGUCGCAAACCACGUGUCUAUCAGAACGACAAACAUCGACCGACGGAUCGAAGCAACAUUCCGUCGAUCGUGCAGGCGCCGUUGUUGAGUCCCGGGACGUACGAUGCCGAGACGCUGCUUCGCCAACGCGCGCGGAGUUUGAGCAUUGCGUCUGCGGAAGAGCACGCUGCGUGGGUCGCCAGUGGCGGUCAACAGGCGAGACUGAGCGCGAUUGCUAAGGAAGGAGGUGAUGCCACCAAUGCCGAUAGCGACGCGGAGGGGCAGGAUGGGGAUUACUUUGGUCGUGCCCCCCGCGUUGGCGUCGAUGGCCCGCUCGGUCUCGCAGACACCGACGUCGAUAGCGGCACCGAGAGUGGGCGCGAUAGUCCCGUCGUUCGGCGCAGAAGAGGUCUCUCUGGCGGUCUCAACUUUACACCCGUCAGCCCCAACCCGGAGAAACCGGUACCGCUCGAGACAGCGACCACAGACCCAACGCAUACCGCGACCGCAGCAGACACGGAUCCAGACGCACCCCUACCCCACCAGGCAGAGUCGGAACACGCAAGCGUGCGCAGCCUCAGCAGCGAUUCGCCCAGCUCGUCGAAUGGCGAACGGGCCCACCAGCGGGAGGGAAAGAGGAGCGAGGAUGGGUCGGGGUCGAAUAUGAGCUCGUCUUGGAUCGGUGUCGAGCCGGAUAGCGUGGAGGGAUCGAUUGCGCCCCCUGUGACGGUGGACCCCGUGCAGGCGGCGGCCGCGGCCGGGCUUGAGCCUACCCAGCAGGAUUGA